UGUUUACUUCCGGGUUGUCGGAGUCGAAAACAAGAGGGGGGCACCGACCCCAACACGCCCACGACGCCGAGCAAAGCGGAUUAAAGUCCCGCAGAGAUGGCCGGGGAGUCCGAGGACAAGAUACCAGAAUCGGGAGCAGUUUUCACUUUUGGAAAGAGCAAAUUUGCCGACAACGCCCCCAGUAAAUUCUGGCUUAAAAACGACGUCCCCUCAAAGAUCGCCUGCGGGGACGAGCACACCGCCUUAAUCACCGAAAACGGGAAACUCUUCAUGUUUGGCAGCAACAACUGGGGCCAGCUCGGCCUGGGCUCCAAGCUGACGGUGAACAAGCCGACGUGUGUCAAAGCUUUAAAGUCUGAGAAAGUUGCGUUUGUGGCCUGUGGGAGAAACCACACUCUCAUCUCCACAGCCCGGGGGCAGGUGCUGGCGUCGGGGGGCAACAGCGAAGGCCAGCUGGGGCUCGGGGACUGCGAGGAGAGGACGGCGUUCCAGACGAUCGGCUUCUUCGAUUCCCGCGGGCCAAUCAAAAUGCUCGCUGCGGGCUCCAACACCUCCGCCGCGCUCACAGAGAGCGGGGAACUGUUCAUGUGGGGCGACAACACGGAGGGUCAGAUCGGUUUGGGGAAGGAGAACCACGCGACAACGCCACAGGAAGUCAGCGUGGGCCGACCAAUCAGCUGGGUGUCCUGUGGGUACUACCACUCUGCCUUAGUCACAGUUGACGGCGCUCUCUACACGUUUGGGGAGAGCGACAGCGGGAAGCUGGGCCUGGGCACCGACCAGUUGCCGCGGCACCGAGUCCCGCAGCGCGUGAAGGGCGUCAAGGACCCGGUGACACAGGUGGCGUGCGGAGGGGGACACACGGUGGCCCUCACAGAGGACGGCGUCUUCUCGUUCGGCCUGGGACAGUUUGGACAGCUCGGCCACGGGACGUUCGUCUUCCAGUCGCCGCUGCCGCAGCCGGUCCAGCACUUCAAGAGGGGCCGAGUGUGUCAGGUGGUCUGCGGAGAAAACACCACCGCCGUCAUCACAGAGACCGGGUUGCUGUACACGUUCGGAGACGGCCGGCACGGGAAACUGGGCCUGGGAGAGGAGAACUUCACCAACCAGUUCAAACCAACGCUGUGUCCUCGCUUCCUCAAGUACAACGUUCAGGCAGCGACGUGCGGCGGCUGCCACAUGGUGGUCCUGGCCCGGCCCAGGGACCCCAGCUGCCCCGAUGUGUCCCUGGAGGACGGCGACGUGACGGAGGACUACCUGGAGAAGCCGUACGUGGAGCUGCUGGGGGACACGGCCAACUCCUCCACCCUGCAGAGGAGCAUCUCCGCCCGGGUCCGCAGGAGGGAGAGGGACACGAGGCUGAGGGCCUGACGGACAGCGACAGCGUUAAAGGUCUGGGAGAAACCUCCGACUUCCUCAACAUGACUCAUGUGAUAAAGAUGGACCCCGGGGACAAAACCCUCACUCUGGCUCCGGUUCACAAGAGGAAGGGUAAGCACGGUAAGGCCACUAACGUGCAGAAAGAGAUCCCAAUAGAGGGGAGGAAGUCUCGCGGGAGGAAGUCUCGCGAGAGCAAGGUUGCGUCUCCCCGCCGGGCGCGUCCUCCCGAGGGCCCGAGGAGCCACAGCGCUCGCUCCCGGGUCUCUCGGAGCCCACAGAGACACAAAACAACCGACCAGAACAAGGAGAACCUGAUCAUGGCCCUGGAGGAGCUGCAGAGGAAACCCACUGGAGACAAACCGAGCGUCGGAGACAUCAGGAAGGCGGCGUCCAAGCCGCGGCUCGGGCCAGCUCAGGGGAAAAGCCGGCUGAUGGAGGUCGGCAGGAAACUGGAACCGGACUGGAAACAAAGUCCUGACACCAGACAGACGGUUCCAGGCGUCGCCUCUGAACCUGCAGGGAAACUUAAGCCAUCUGAACCGGUCCGUGUUCAGAGCAAACCCAUCGCCGUGCAGAGUCGGCGUGCAGGAGUCAGCCCGCCAGGUAACCGCACACACUCACCUGCUCAGCUGGCCCAUGCUGUGGAUGACGAGAGAGCCAAUAGCGCGCGACCGCUCGCACACGUUAGACAUAAAUCUAAAGAGAGCACAGAUUUGACUAAGAAGUCUAGGAAAGAAAAAAACGAGGCUCAGUCCAAAAUGGAAACACCGAAAAAGGCGUCAAAGCUCGACCUGCUGGCCGGAGCAGCCUCUCUGGCAGCGGGGGCGGGGUUAAUGCGUCAGGUGGCGUCCAGCCAAUCAGCUGUCAGCAUCAACAUCAUACCGGAGAGUCCUGAGGGCGGGACUAGGCAAGGCAAGAAGGAAACGAGUCAGGGAGAGAAGGAAACGAGUCAGGGAGAGGAGAGAACGAGUCAGGGAGAGGAGGGAACGAGUCAGGGAGAGGAGGAAAUAAGUCAGGGAGAGGAGGGAACGAGUCAGGGAGAGAAGGAAACGAGUCAGGGAGAGGAGAGAAUGAGUCAGGGAGAGGAGGGAACGAGUCAGAGAGAGGAGGAAACGAGUCAGGGAGAGAAGGAAACGAGUCAGGGCGAGGAGGAAACGAGUCAGGAUAUAAGUGAGGAGGAGAGUGAGGACUCUGCGACGGUCAGACAGGAAGAAGAGGAGGAUGAAGAUGAGGAAGGACAGAGAACGAGCGCAGGAGUCAGCAUGGAAAAAGAGGAAGAUGAAGAGGAGGACGUCAGUCACAGUAUCGAGAAAGUAACAGAAGAAGAAGAAGAAGAUGAAGACAGCAACACUCUGCAACCAGAGGAUGAGUUGGAAACAGAUGUAGAAGAGGAGGAGGAGGAGGAGGAAGAGGAAAGCCAGUUAGAGGAAGGGUGGAGGCAUAAGACAGAAAGCAGAGGAGGAGAGUCAGAAGGUGAGGAAGAAGAAGAGGGGGAUGUGGAAGAGGAGGGGGAGGAAGAGGAGGAAGAGGAGGAGGAAGAAGAGAGUGGUGCUGAGGAGGAAGAGGGGGAGAGUAGUGAGGAAGAAGAGAGCCAAAAGGAGGAAAGUGAAGAGGAGGAAGAAGGAGAAGAGGAGGAGGAGGAAGAGGAAGCAGGGGAGGAGAGUAGUGAGGAAGAAGAGAGCGAAAAGGAGGAAAGUGAAGAGGAGGAGGAAGAAGAGGAGGAAGAAGAAGGAGAAGAGGAGGAGGGGAGUGAAAAUGAAAAGGAAGAAGAGGAUGAAGAGGAGGAGAGGAGUGAAAAUGAAAAGGAGGAGGAAGAAGAGGAAGAGGAAGAGAGUGAAAAUGAAAAGCAGGAGGAAGAGGAGGAAGGAGAAGCAGAGGAAGAGAGUGUUGAGGAAGAAGAAGAAAAAGAGAGUGAAGAAGAAGAGGCACAGGAGGAGGAGGAAGAAGAAGAAGAAGAGGAGGAGGGAGAGGUUGAUAACAAUAAAGAGGAGGAUGAGGAAGAUGAAGAAGAAGAAGAAGAAGAAGAAGAAGAGGUUAUGAAAAAGCCAGAGUCAGCUGUUGUCCAGAGAGUUGUAUCUGGCGGUAAAAGGAGGUCCGGGGUCAAAGGUCAGGCGGCGGACGAGUCAGAGGAGUUUUGGGACGACGUGUUGCCACGGUACCUCAACCUGAAAUAACAUAAACAUCAACCCACUGACUCUGUGAAGCAUCAGGAAAUAAAGAGACAAUGACAAAUAUAAAUAUAUCAUCAGCGGACUAAAUGACCAAUGAUAAGUUACCC